AUGAAUGUCACCGGAUUUCUAUGGACCUUGUACCCACUGAUUGGUAUUCUAGGCUUUGUAAGUUCACUUUAGCAACAUUAUACUCAAAAAUUUACUACAAUAGUUAUUUUCGGCAUUUUAUACUGUUUGCAUACAGUUGUAGCAUUAGUACUAAAUUAGUACUAAAAAGUAUUACUAAAUUAUAAAUCUAAUUUUAAAAAUUAAUUUCAGUUUGAGUUCAUCUCCGGCUUUCUGUAUUUAUUCUUCUGCCUUCCCUUCUUCGCCUUCUUCUUACCUAUUAUCUCGGGUGUCAUAUCAUGCAUUACCUCAGUGUACGCUCUCACAAUUCAAUAUUCAAACAAGCAAGUUACCUUUCUUUUAAGCCAGGUAUAAAGGUAUUAUAAAACUGUUUUCGUAUUUUAUAAGUGCCACUACCUCUCAUGAAUUUAAAUCUACCUCUUGUUACGUUAACCAUAACAAAAAGUAUAAAAUGCUAUUUCAGAUGCGAGUUAAUGAUGCAGUUUCUGUCUGGGUUAGCUUCAUUUUUAGUAUUCCUCACAACUCUGACGGAAACAAUAUGUUUCAGGAAUUGUAAGUAAAAUAUUUUAGCUUUUUUACACUGAUAUUGCAGUACAAGACAACGGUAGUAACUUCUGUGCAGGUAUUCUGAACAGAACCUUAGGCUCACAAUUAGCUUGUAAGGAUGCCAUGUACGACCUACAACAUAAUAUGUUGAACAAACUUGGGUUCGACCAAGCAAGAACGUUCGAAAUCGGGCUUACCACCUUCUUGUCCAUCGUAUCCUUCGUUCAUUUUGGUGCAUCUUGUGUUCUUACUACUUUUAGUGCGUUUGAAACAAGGUGAGUGGCUUUAGCAACGUAGUUUACAUCUUAAAUAUAACAAUGUAAUUUCUAACAAUAAUACUGUAAAAUACGAUUGUAACUAGUAUGAUCUACCGUAAAGCGCAUAAUACGGCGUGUACUAUUACCUAAUGUAACUAAAAACCAGAAAAGACUCAUCAAUACUCCAAACUUUAAUCUUUCAGAUUUCGACUAUCUCCCCCACAUUGGCAGGUCGUAUUUGGACUGGCGACAUUGCUAAUCUCCUAUGCAUAUCACUCAUAUUGUUGUAUCUUCUUCUUCGCUUACUUCCCAACCAUCGUGGCCUGCUUCUGCUUGGCCCAAGCAGCAGUUCCAUGGCAUUUCCGAGAGAAAUCAGUUCAGCGACAGAUAUUCUCCAUCGUUGGAGCUGCAUUGAGUACGGCUUUGGUCGCUGUUACCACGUUGGGGAUAUUCUGUUGGCUCAGCGGGUGAGUAAAUGUCGAUUAGCAUAUUUUACCAAUUAUUCGACAAAGCAGAACCCAUAUUUUACAAUCCUUUAGAAUCGUAAUAAAUUAUAAUAUUACCUAAACUCUUCAGAUCAGAUUCGGUGGAUCCGGAUUCGCCAGGAAUGAAUCGUUUCUGCAACGUACCCCCACGAAUCUACUACGUGUGUCACAAGAGUCUCAAGUUCUCGAAACCUUAUGUUUGGUGGAAGCCAGAGCAAAUAGCACAAGAAACAGGGAUAGUUCAGAUCGUUACUUACACAUUACUAACACUUACCGGAUGCAUUCACUUUGGGUUGUUUAUGCACGAUGCUUUUGGUUCGCCUUAA